UUCCUUUGAGCUCACAAUUUUGUUGAGAGAAAUGGGUGCUAAUCAUUCCUCCUCAUCAUCAUCAACUUGGCCAGAAUCAAAUGGAUCAACAACAAAGAAGCCUCUUGUUAUUGCCUUCCAUUCUUCUAUGAAUUGGAGGAUCCAUUUUGAUGCCUCAAAGCAAACAAAGCAACUGAUGGUAAUCGACUUCACAGCUACAUGGUGUGGACCUUGCAAGUACAUGGAGCCUAUCGUGCACGAGUUUGCUGCUCACUACAGUGACGUUGAAUUUGUUAAGAUUGAUGUCGAUGAAUUGGGGGAUGUGGCUCAAGACUUUGGGGUAGAAUCAAUGCCAACGUUUGUGCUGGUGAAGAAAGGCAAAGUGAUUGAAAAGGUUAUUGGGGCAGAUAGGGAACAACUCCAGAAGAAAAUCCAGAAGCAUAGAUACUAAUUAAAUAUUGUGCAUGCCAUAUAAGUAUGAAACCGAAUGAUAUUUGGUUCGAAUUUGUGAAUCGAAAUCAAAAUAAAUAAUUGUAAUAAGUUUUAGUUGUA